GUUGGGGAUUAACCUGUCGGGUUCUUAGAGGGGCGGGACUAGAGGGAAAGCCCGGGAAAUGAGGAGAGAAAGAACUGUGAGGAGAAGCUGAAAGACGUUAAGCCUGAGCAAACUUUAAAAUAACUUUAUGGAAAAGUAUUAUUUACCUUUAUCAACCGGAAGUUUGUGCGAGUGUUUGCUUAUUUUGUUAAGAGUGUAACCGAGCGGGUUUUAGAAGUGAGGGCUCGUUACUGGCACUAACUGAAGACAACGAUGGGACUGUUGCUAGCGGUUAGCAUCGCUAACUGCUAAUCAGGAGACGAGGUUGGAUGUUGACAUGGCUGCUGCAGGACUCUACUGCAGGACGGAGGAGUCGGUGACGGACCGAGCCUCGGAACAGAACCGAGCCUCUGGACGGGUCUCUGGGAAGAGGUUUUGGAGGAAACUGCUGGAUCGCUUUUCCGUGGUUCGGAACAUGAAGAUCUUCAUUCUCUUGCUUCUCUCGAGCCACUUUGCAUGUUCAGUGAAACACUCCCUGAAGUAUAUCAUCACUGUAUCUUCUGGACUCCCAGACUUCCCUGCAUACGUUGGAGCUUUAGUGGUCGAUGAUAAUCUGGUGGGCUACUGUGACGACAGCAAAAAGACAAUUGAUUCAAAACAGGAGUGGUUGAAAAAAUUAUUAGAAGAUGAUCCUUAUCAGUUGGAGCUGUACAGAGGAGCAUGUUUUGGUUGGUUGCCAACUUUUUUCAAAGUCACAAUCAAUAAUUUGAAACAGCGUUUCAACCAAAGUGGAGGUGUCCACAUUUUACAGAGGUUGAAUGGCUGUGAGUGGGAUGAUGAGACCGGAGAGGUUGUUGGUUUUAAUCAGUAUGGUUAUGAUGGAGAAGACUUCAUAUCACUCGACCUGAAGACAGAGACGUGGAUCGCUCCAAAACAACAGGCUGUCAGCACCAAACUGAGAUGGGAUGCUGACAAAGCUAGAAUGAAAAUGAUUCAGAAUUAUUUUACAGUGAUUUACCCUGAGCAGCUGAAGAAGUAUGUGCACUACGGGAGGAGCUUUCUGCUGAGAACAGAGCUUCCCUCAGUGUCUCUCCUCCAGAAGACUCCCUCCUCUCCAGUCAGCUGCCUCGCUACAGGUUUCUACCCUCACAGAGCCUCACUCGUCUGGAGGAAAGAUGGAGAGGAGCUUCAUGAGGAGGUGGACCACGGAGAGAUCCUCCCCAACCACGAUGGAACCUUCCAGAUGAGUGUUGACCUGAAACUUUCAUCAGUCACACCUGAAGACUGGACCAGGUACGACUGUGUGUUUCAGCUCUCUGGUGUGAAGGAGGAAAUCAUCACCAAACUGGAGAAAGAUCGGAUCAGAACCAACUGGGUGAAGCCCAGUAACAUGACCGUCCUCGUCACUGCUGCAGUGGUUGUUCUUGCUCUCAUUCUCAUCGGUGCUGCUGGAUUCAUCGUUUACAAAAAGAAGAAAGCCAUCAGCCCUCCAUCUGGUGAGGAGGGAGAUUCAGGAGACGUGAUUGCUUACACUGAAGUAUUGAAUGAAGCUCGAUGGAGGAGAACAGGUUCGACAGUACAUGUGGUAACAAUGUUGUUCUGUGCCAGUUCUGCAGAAACAAACUUCCUGUCUGUGAUUAUUUAACCUGCCACAGAAUACUGUGUGGAAAUGUUCUUACCUGAGUCUUGUUGUUGUUGUUGUUGGGAGAAUAUGGAGUUUGAGCCAGUGUGUCUCUGUUCUGAGAUAUAGUGAAGGUUGGAUGUUGGAGGAACAGAAUGUGGCCUGUUUGGGAGGCAGCACCUUAUCUGACCAGCUGCUUAAUACAACCGUUUGUUCCACUACCAACAAGAUCUGGUGUAGGAAGAGGAAAAGGAACCUCUGCUCACACAGAAGCCUUUGACCCCGAGCACGACCUCAGGGUGACUGUACCUCCUGGACGAGCAGAGUGGGAGAUGUAUAUCUAAAUAUACUGAAAUCCUUUACAGGGAUGAACAUGAAUGAAUGUCAAAGUCAAAUGUCUUGUUCUUUCUUUCUGUGCUGAUGUUUGUUUAUUCAAUAAAAUCCUCAAAGUUAAA